AUGUGCCUCACAGAGCACGUCGUCCUCAAUCCAAGUCUCAAUCCCCGUACACUCAGCACCCUCGAGCAGAAAGUCUCUUCGCAGUCAGUCAAGCCCAUCUCACUCUCCAUGUCAAUCAUGAAGUUCAACUCCCUCCUCCUCGCGGCCACCAGCGUUCUCGCCCUGGCCACCGCCGCAGUCAUCUCCCCUCAAGCCCGCACUAUCGCUGCUCCUACUCCCGAGCAGUGCGACCACUACUGCCAUCAGCCGUGGCUCAAGUGCGUCGAGGAGCACGGUGGUACCGAGGAAGCUAAGCGCGGCUGCAACUGCGACCGCUUUGGUAACCCGGGACUCUGGUGCCGCCAUGCUGGAUGCGUCGAGGCGCCUCAGAACUGUCCCAAGGCUGCUGAGCUCCACGUCGCAACUCCCGCUUCUGGCUUGAUCUCGGAAGAUCCUCGUUCUGAAGACCCUCGCCGCUCUGAGGAUCCACGUCGAUCUGAAGACCCGCGCUCCGAGGAUCCUCGCCGUUCUGAAGACCCUCGCUCUGAGGAGCCACGCUCCGAAGACCCUCGACAUGUCAACGACGACAAAUCUUCGCGCCGUUGCAUCAUCUGCAAUACUGCCGCCAGGCUCUGUAAGAAGAUGUGCAAAGGUGACGCUGACUGCGAGAAGCGAUGCAGCCCCUGGAACGAGCGCAGCGGCUGUGCCGUGUGUGCCAUUCCUAGCAACACCUCUCACCUCCCUCGCCAUCAACUCUCAAAACGCAUCCCGGAACCUUGUGUCAUCUGCGAGCAUAGCAUCAAGACCUGCAAGAAGAUGUGCGAUGGUGACGCAGGCUGCGAGAACAGCUGCAACUGCAGCUGGAAGAAGAACCCGAACUGCCGGGAGUGUGGUAUUAAGUGCAACCCAGCUUGA